AUGGCAGCGGUCGGCGCGGAGAGCGACUCCUGCACUGCGACGGCGCCGGUAGGUUCAGACACCUCGCGGCUCUUUCUGUCGCUAGCUGCUCCGCCGCCUUCGUCUUUCUCUCGUCUGAACAUCAACCGCGAAGCUGUUGCUGCGGUGCGCGCGGUCUCGGCUUCUCGACCUGCGAAGCGACUUUGUCCUGAGAAUCGCAUCUCUCAAGACUGCCUCGUAGCUUCCCCUCCCCCUUCUUCCCCUCCCCCUUCUCUCUCUUCUUGUCCGUCUGUCUCCGUUCCAAAGUCGAUUCAGCGAGCCUCGUCGAUUACGCCCCCGCCUGUCUCUCGCUACCUCCAGCAACUUCACCCGAGUCUCCUGCCUCCGCAGUUCCGUGAGCUUGUCGCGCAUGCACUGGAGCAUGAAGCCGCAGCAAAACAAGCGUGCAGAGGGGAGGAAACGCCCUCUUCUUCGUCGUUCUCCCAGUCUUCCUCAUCUUCCUCGUCUUCCUCUUCUUCGUCGGUCUCCUCGUCGUCCUCUUCUUCGUCGAUCUCCUCGUCUUCCUCUUCUUCCUCGGCCCUCUGCGCGACGCCUGUGUAUCACCUGCCGACACAGACGGCGUGCGUCUCGCCGCAGUUGCUGCCUUCGUCGAGUCUCUUCCUUGUGGGAUUUCUACAGCACCUCCGCCGCCAGCGUCGCGAGCAUCAGGAGAAGCAGCGACAGCUGCUGCUCGAGAGUCUCCUGCAUGCAGGCCGCUUCCUCUCCUCGCCGCCUCCCGCGCUGCGCGGGCUCUACGAGGCGAAGCCGCACCUCUGUUUCACUUGCUCGCGGCGCUUCGCGACUUCGGCGCGGAAGACGGCGCACCUGCGCAUGCACUUGGAUCUUCAGCAGCUGGCGCAGACGGAGGAUGCGAGCGUCUUCUCUCGACGAAGAGGCUUCGCAGCUCGACAGCGCGUCUCGACAGCUGCGGCUUCCCGGCCUCUCUGGGGAGGCCUCACGGCCUGGGUCCAAGUCGCCGCAGCCUCAGACGUCUUCCAGCGGAUGCGCCACCUCCAGAGCCGGCUUGCGCCCGGCGGCCUCAGCGGAAGCCCGGGUGUACAUACACCCCACGGAGGCCGCGACGAGACGCUGAGCAGUGUGCGGGCCUUCUUCGUGGAGCGCGUGGAGGAGCUGCGCGGCUUCGCCGCUUCGGAGGCGCAGCAGGCGCGCGGCGACGGCGCAGCGAGCGACGCAGAGGAGGCCGGAGACUUCCCGUCGUGGUUUCCAAGGCGCCUCCAGAGCUGGCUAGCUGACGAGUGGGGUGUUGCUUGCAAGGGCGCAUGCGCGCCGGGCGCCGAGCGAGAGGGUGCGGGGGAGGUGGGAGAGCAGAACGGCGGCCGCGAAGAAGCGCGGGAGGGGAGAGGCGGCGACCUGGGGGGCUUGGCGCAGGGUGAGGAGCGAGAGGAGAUCGAGUGCGAGAACGAACAGGGGGGCGAUCCUUGGGAGGAGAAGCCACUGAUGACCAAAACGGAAUUGCGCACGUGGGCUUGGGCGUUUCAGGACGAAAACGAGUUAGAACGCGAGUCGGCAGCUCGAGAAAUCUGCUCCUUGGCUUUCGCCGAGACCGACCCACGCGGUGUAGGUACACCUCGCGGGACCGAGGCCGAGCCAGACAGCCGCCUCGCGGUCGAUGGCCGCGAAGGCGAUCCCGGACGUUCUCCGUCUUUUCCGGGAGCGCAGUCAGUCGGCGCGGCUCUCGCGCCAGGCUGCGACUCCCCCAGGCUUGCGCGUUCCGCUGCAGAGCUGCCAUCGGCGUCGCUAGCUGACGUCGUCAUGAGUGUACGUACACCUGGCGGAGGGCUGUGUCCACUGGCGCGCGCGUCCCAGCGGACCCUGCUUCGUCAGCUGACUCGGGAGGUGUUUCUGCACCUCGGUUCGUUGUCGCCUUCAUUCGAAACAGGAUCAUCUGCGUGUUCUCUCGCGCCUUCCUCUUCUGCCUUCUCUCUCCGUCCGCUCUCGCAAGAUGCCGAAGCAGCGGCGACGCUCGCGGCUUCCGAGGACCCUCCUCGGCUCUUGCUGGACGCUGCGUCCGCGCCACUGUCGAGCUGCGCGUUCUGCGGCGAGGCCUUCUCCAUCGUUUUCAACGAACUGCAGCAGACGCUUCUUCUCCAGGAAGCGGUAACAGUUGCGUGGGAAGCGACGGAGGUUCUGAACAGCCUUGCUCGUCAGCUCCGUGGUCUCCCGUCGACUUGCGCGCAUGCAGUUUCCGCGGAGCGAGGUUGCGAGGUGACGACCAGAUGUGGAGUCGAUUCCUCAACCUCGAAGACAGCCGCGUUCUGCAAAGGCGACGUCUCCUCUAGAAGCCCAGAGAUCCCUCUAGAAGCAGAGAAUCGGGCAGAAGGAGGCGGCGGGCGUCAAGGAACAUGUGACUCGGAAACACGCAUCGAAGAAGACAUGAAGAGGGAGGAAACGGAGUGCAUGCGUGCGUUAUCUCCCGCGCGUCCUGCGACCUCUCAAGCGCCGUCGGAGGGAGAGACGAACGAACUGCGAGCCUCCGCAGCCGCUUCCUCAGAUCCGCGAUGCCCUUCCUCCCGAAGCCCGAUGCGUUUCGACACAGACACCGGUCUUGCCCCCCCCCCUGCCGCGCUCCUCCUCCCCCACCUCACGAGAAGCAGCUGCACGACAGAUGCCUUCUCUCUGCAUGCGUUCCAGACUUCUUCUCCUUGUGAGCAGCUGUGUAGCAGGUGGAGUCUGCAGCCGUCGGUGUUUUCGGUGGCGGAGACAGUUGAAGCAAUGGCCGCCAACAGCUCAAGAGUUACCCGAGACGAGAUUGGCGGCCCUGGCCUCUCUGCCCACAAAAGGGGAGAGCGGCAGAGUCUCCACGAGGCGAUCGCGCUGCUGGAGAGCGCCGUGACGGCUGGCGACUUGCUCAUGCAUGCAGACUCAGCUGCGCUGUGCGACUUGAUCGUGGACGAGGAAGAAGAAGAGAAGACAAAGGCGAUUGGGAGAGACUCCGCAGGCCUCGCUGCGGGGUUGCGUGCUGGGGAGGAAGCGAGGCAGGGCGAAGCGAAGAAGAAACCUCUCGAUGCGUUCCUUGAGGCGUGUACCUCGAAGAAAUCCGAGUUUCCACGCGAGAUGUGCGGCGCAGGAAAGACACCCAUUUCUUCAACGGAGGCAGGAGAGCCGGAGAAGACGAAGCAAGAGAAGAAGGAAGAAGAGCAAACGCGAGACUUCGACUUCACCACCUCGGAAACAGUCGAAGAUCUGUUUCCUCCCAACGUGGUGUAUCUGCACUGCUCGUGUUUUACCCAGUUGCUGCGUGAGAGCGAAGAACUUCUGCACCUGCUGCGUCAACUCCUCCUGAGCCGCAAACACCGAAAAGAAGCUGUCUCCUCUGUCGGAGCCAGAGACGCCGACCGCAGCAGUGCGGAUCUUUCCGAGACUUUUGCGAAGGCUGCAGCGUUCCACCGGCUCCUUCGUCCGGCUCAGAGCUCUCGGGGGGAUCGCGUCUCGCGUUUUGCGGUCGCAGCAAAGCGAGAGCGAGACGAGGGCGCAUGCAAAGGGGCUUCAGAGAGGCGUCAGGAGUCGCACACCCGGUCUCUCUUGCCGCGUCUCAGAAGCAAAGGGAGAGAUCGAGGCCGUCUCCACAAGCGCAGGCGCUUCCUCUGA